CUUCCUGCCCUCAUGCCAGUGCACCUUAUCGAUCAGCAGCACGUGCCCCUCGUCCUCACGCAAACGCAGCAUCCUUCCUGCCACCACAUCCACACCCACACACUCUCUCUCACGCAGAAGUGGGGGGCACACCACAGAGGCCGGCAAGCCCUGGAAAUCCUCGCUGCAGGAAGACAGGGAGUAGGAGAAGCUGUGCAGAAAUGAACGCAGCGUGUUGGCCCCCAGCUCUUUCCAGUUGCCUGUCUUCACCCAUCCCUUGACUGUCUGAUGCAUCAUCUCACUUGGAAAGCACCAUUGCUCACGCAGUGGACCGAACCUAUACAUGUCGAGGGGCAUGUGCGUGUAGGCAUGCAGUUUCGGUGGGGCGUAGUUGUACAGGUUGAUGAAUGAGUCAACGAACUGAUCGAUCUUCACGGCAAACCGCCGAAGGUCGCCGACAAUGUCCACCUCCCUCUGCAGCACCAUCCCGAUGAUCUCGCAAUGCAGCUUGUAGCAGGCCAAGUGCUGUCGCCCGACCACGACGUCCUCCCCGUCUCCCUCCGGCAUGGUGGAGAAGAGGAUGACGCGCACCACGGGGGCCAGGUACUGCAGCUUCUUGGCCGUGGCCUUGACCUGGUUGUCAGAGCUCCAGAUAGCCGAGGCAGCCUGGGAGAUGCGGUUCUUGCCCGACGCGUGAGUGUGACACAGACUCUUGACCGCCGCCAUGAAGGUGGGCUUGGACAGCCACCCCGCCUCACGCCACUCACGGAUGACCCGAUGCAUGUGGUAGCGAAGCAUGCCCUCCAUGAUGUUGUGCAUCGGGUCGCCCAUGACGAGAUCGAGGAUGCCUGAUGCUCCGGGAUCGGGCGGCGGGCUGUUGGGGGAAGGAGCGGGCGGCUGCCGGCAGUCGGGACAGAUGAAGCGGAGACGGGAGUGGGCAUUCUCCUCUGCGGAAGGAGUGAUGCCCACACAUACCUCGUGGAACCAAUGUUCACUGAACGCAACACACACACACACACACACACACAGACAGACAGACAGACAUACAGAGAGAGAGGAACAGGUAUGAAAGAUCGCUUCCCUGCCUUCUCUCCCUCCUGCUCACCACUUGCGGCAUGACAGCAUGUCCUUGCUGCCCUCUGGACAUGAGCCAUGGGCCACACCACCUCCGCAGACACCACACUGCUGCGAGUCCGAUCGAGGCGCCGAGUAGGGCAGGAAACGCCAUGGGGUCUCCCUCUUGACCCCCCUCUCCUUGACGAACUCAUCCCUCUGUCCGGCCGGCAUGCUCACGAGCGUGUCCACUCGUCUGUCGAAUGCACCGCCUCCGAUCAGCUCGUCAUGUCGGACGAUGUGCUGCCUGCCCACCACUCCCAGGUCGCGGCGGUGGAAGUCGCAGCCAUAACAGCAGUGGUUGGCCGAGCCGAAGUGGUUGAGGCCCAGCAGCUCGGCGAUGGCCACCAUGUCCGCACAGUAGGUGAGCAGCGCCCCCUGAACCAGCAUCGUCCUCAUCCGUCCCUCCUCGGCGUCGUACACGUCCAUCUCGAUGCCCGCCCAGAGCAUCCGCAGGAAUUCGAUGAGGCGGCUGCUGACGGCGUCCAGGCCGGCAGGCUUUCCGUGACCGGGGGAGGCGAGGUCGGCGCUCGCAAAGAGGAUCAUCAGCUCAUAGCGCAUGGGGCUGGGGAUGUUGUGCACGACGAUGUAGACAUUCUCUAUCUUGAUGGCACCGGCUCUGGUGGGGUUGGAUGGAGUGAAUCCGUCGUGCGUGAGGCCUAGGAAGAUGGGCAGGCGAGGGAGGGAGGAGUCGGUGGCUGCGGCAUGGUGAUGGAAGUGGUGUUGUCGGUACACGGAGCCGCUGAACACAUUCACCAAGCGCCGGCUGGGCCGGCCGCCCCCCUCUGGUGCGAACCGCCACGCCUCCAUGACGUGUCGGUUGGCCACCAGCAUCCGCAGCAGCAUCCCGAGAUCGACGGUGUAGAUGCGUAUCCCUCUGCGCAGCUCGGCCGGCCUGGGCCUGAUGAUGUAGUUGUCGACCUUGUUGGGCGAGUGCCUCUCGACGAAUCGGCGCAGCGCACCAUCCUUAGUCAGCCGGUCAGGCAGGAGGGGCUGCCCGAGGAAGGACACGCAGAGUGCGUUGGCGAUGGCGAAGAAUAUUGCGAUGAGGGUGAAGGGCAGGAAGUAUCGCCAUCGGAGAGCGAUGAUUGUAUCGACGAGCUGCCGUUGAGCCGGACUGCCCUCGAUUAAGACAGGGUGGGUGCCAGCAGAGGGAGUGGAGGGCUGAGGAGCCUCCUCAGCGUCAGAGCUCAGCUCGUUUCGGUCGUCUGGCGCCUCAGAGUCUGAGUCGGAUGAUGAGCUGUCGUCGCUAGCCUGGUCAUGUCCCGGUCCGUGUUGAGCUCGGAAGACAUGCUUCGCAGUGGUUUGAUGCCGCUCCAGGUCCCAAAGCGACCGAAAGGGCUUAUUGCACACGUUGCACCAGAAGGCUGCUUCGUCCUCAGAGGUAGAUUCGUCACUCAACGAGGGCGAGUGGCUCAUUACGCGCCUGAACAAUGGAGAGAGAGAACCGUCAAAUGAAUGACAAAUGUGAUGUGUCAGUGCUUGAAUUCUCUCAUACCGUUGCUUGUGAACGACUGGUUGAUCAUCCUUUGAGUUGCUGCUGAUGUGAAUUCAUG